AUGGACGGUUACGGGUCGGGUCAAAGUAGUGACAGAAGGCUGGAGAUUGUGAGCGGGAAGGGUUUUGGAUUUGGCAAUAGCAAUCAGAUCUACGCGACUCGGCCACACUCACCCAAUGUGGCAAAGAUUCCGCCCCGGAGGAGUCAGAGCAGUGCUUCAAAGCCCUGGGGGUCCUUGAUAGUGAUGUGGCAGGAUUGUAGAUGGAAACUGGUAAGCAUUGGCAUUGAUUUGUUCUAA